GUCGGGAAGCUGAGGCGGUCAGCAGCUAGCUCAUCGGUGCCCGUGGGUUUCGUACGUCCCGCGCCUCGUCUCUCCCUGGAAGGGGAGGGGGGCUUAGACGCCGAGCAAGAGCCGCCGCCGCCGUUCCGAGCUUGAAGUCGCUAGGACUUCUCUCAUACUUGUGUGCUGAGGAGACUCAGAUGUUGGCCUCAGCUCCUAGGCUGAACUCAGCAGAUCGGCCCAUGAAAACUUCUGUAUUGAGACAAAGGAAAGGAUCCGGCAGAAAGCAACAUCUAUUAUCCUGGGCUUGGCAGCAAGGAAGGGGACAGGUAGUGGAAAUCCUGCAAUCCGAAAAGCAGACUGAAAGGUGACAAAGAAGCUGAAGAUGGGUGGUGGAGAGAGGUAUAACAUUCCAGCCCCUCAAUCGAGAAAUGUUAGUAAGAACCAGCAACAGCUUAAUAGACAGAAGACCAAGGAUCAGAAUUCCCAGAUGAAGAUUGUUCAUAAGAAAAAAGAAAGGGGACAUACUUACACCUCCUCAGCAGCUGCACGGCAGGCCAUGCAAAAUGGGGGGAAGAACAAAAAUUUUCCAAAUAAUCAAAACUGGAACUCUAGCUUAUCAAGUUCUAGCUUACUUUUUAAGUCUCAAACUAAUCAGAACUAUGCUGGAGCCAAAUUUAGUGAGCCACCAUCACCAAGUGUUCUCCCUAAACCACCAAGCCACUGGGUUCCAGUUUCCUUUAAUCCUUCUGAUAAGGAAAUAAUGACAUUUCAACUUAAAACCUUACUUAAAGUACAGGUAUAAGAUAAAAUACUAUUUAAACUUAGUUAUAUUGGAGGGUAGUUGUCAAUUGUUUCAGACCAAAUUCACUAGGGAACUAAUCUAUUUGUGUAAAAUUGCUAAUUAAUGUAGAAAAUCUAAUUAGACUUCAUCUUAACUUGUUUUAUGUGUUGUGUGCACUGUGAUGUGAUGGUGGGAUCAGUGCAACUUAAAAUAACAAAAUUAUUCAUCAUAGUACUUGAUACUAAGUGUUCUCAACUGAGUAACUUAAGUGGUUUAAGUUUAGAUUUGGGGAAUGGUAAUCAACUUUUCCUAUCUGUUGGGUGAAAAUACUAAUUUAAGAUUAUCAUUCAUGGAUCACUAGAUUGACUUGUUGAAAGCUAGUGAAUCUGAUUUUAAGCAUCUAGUUAAGACAUACAGGGACUAAGAAGUAGUUGAGUAUUUGAAAGUUUAAAGUCCUAGAAACACCCAAACCAAUAAUAUGCCAACAAUCCUAUGCACUGCCAAAAAGAAAAUGUGACUUUUUCUUAGAGAAUGGUUGCAUUUUAGUAAACUGUAUGCUGGUGAAUGUAGAAAGGGCACUCGUGGCUGUCUAAUUUAGAAUGAGACCACAUAUGCCAAUGGCCAUUUCUUUCAUGCAGUGAGUGGAUAAGCGUCUGCCAACUAAUGCACCAAAACCAGUUUUUAUAGAAACAGUAUUUGGUGGUCACUGAGUAGCUUUCAGAAUACAUUUUUUGUAUUCUAGCACUGCAUAAGCUAUUCUGACAGUGAUCUGGUCUCAAAAGUUAUCCCUGCAAAGCUUACUUAAGUGGGGAGCUGUAUAAUGUGAAAGUUUUAAGUACCUAGGAAAGAGCCAUGUAAAUAUAUGUAAUAAACUUGUAGCAUAUGUAAAGUUUUGUUGGCAUUUAUCCUAUAAAAAUAGAAUAUUUUAGUAUGAAUUUGCUGAAUGUAAGACCAUGACUCUUGUUUUUUAUGCUAUGGCCUGAUUUUAAAGGUCCAAAAUAAUUUGUUUUUAAGGUUUGCCCUUGUGCUAAAGUGCUGGUGUAUGUAUAAUUGAUCUGGUGGUAAACUAUAUUUCAAAGUAAA